ACUCAGUGUCUGGAAUCAUAUAUAAACACACAGUGACCAAUUCAUGGAGAUGUCAGAUCCAAUUAAUUGGUUGCAUAGCACCAAGAAGCUUUGUCAGGUAGUGAUUGAAAGGAAUGAGCAAGGAAUUGCAAUGCGGCUUAAAGAGGAAGUGACCACGACUUAUCCUGAACUCCACGAGCUGAUGGAAUCCAUUCAACUGCAUAACCUCAAAGAAGAUGAUAUAAUUUUAAUCAAAGGGAUACAACAACAUUCUGAGGCAUCAACAGAUGGUUUGCAGAAUUCAACAGAAGGAGUCAUGUGCCUGUCCCCUUCACCCAGCUACAACAGUAGUUCUGUAUUUUGCAGCCUCCGAAAAUAUGCAUUGGGAUUCCAGCAUGCAAUCCAUGCAAUUACCGGAAAUUUUCCUGAUACCAUCAGUCAGAGUACAGAGCACAUUUCCACUAAUGAGACUUGUUUUCCUGAUGUCGAUACUCAGAGAAUAGAAGUGCCUGCUGUUGAUGGCAAUAUGUGCCCUCGUCAUAAUUCUUUUCCUGAGGUUGAUAAUCCACACCUGCCCAGUAUUCACCUUCCAAUAUCAGAGCAGUUGUGUUAUCAGAUGCCAAUUUCUCAAAGGCCUUCUAGUCCUCUACAUUCUUCAGUAUCUAGUCUUUCAGAGGAUACCCAAUUGCCAAAUACAAUAACAGACAUAGCUAUGGAAUAUCCUUCUGAUGUUCCAUGGGCCAAUAAAUCUCAGUUUUUAGACCUUCUUUCCAAUUUUGCAGAGGCUAUGUCAACUGAAAUACUCAGCACAGUUAUUGAGGAUAGUCCUGAUAGAAACAGAUCUACAGUGGAGCAGCCAGAGGUUUCGACACCCACAGAAGACCAACUUUCAUCAGAUGUAUUUUCACAUGAUAAUAUCCAGCAUGCCCAAUUGUAUGAUACUUUUGCAGGUAUUGACGAAUUUCCCAAAUCAUCUCAAGAUGAUUUAAGUACAAGUAGAGAAAAAGGAUCUGAGGAAAGCCUUGACCUAGAUGCUCUACAUUGUGGCCUGGCCCAUCUGGCAAGCAGGGAGACUUCCAGUGUUAUUGAGAAGUCCCUUCAGGAAGUUGAGCAUCAAACGGAAGAGAGCUUAGCUGACCACAUUUCAAAAUCAAUAAAAGCAGAUUCCUCUGAAGAAGCAAAUGUUGCAGUACUUCCUGUUGUGGAAAAUUAUGCAUUCAGAUUGACCAAUGAUGUAAUUUUUGACAGCACCAAAGAAGCAAGCUUAGAAAGGGUGACGACACAAAAUAAACUACAGCAAGUUGAAGGAGAAAGCGUGAACGCACACCCUGCUUCUAUUGAAUCACAUAACAAUAACAAGCUUUCAGAUAUGUCGCAAUCUGACAUUCUUACACAUGAAAUUAACCAUCUUACACACAAGGAAGUCAGUUCAUUGUGUACUGGAGUAAGACCAUUGGUACAAGGUGAACAAGUUGAAACUUUCACCCAAGUAUCACAACAAUAUCUGGAUGGCUGUUCUCCAGACAGGGAAAGGCAUUUAUCAAUGACAGACAAAGAAAGAGCUGUUGAUCAUGAUUAUGAGAAACAAAUGUUUGAUAAACUUGGACUCACCAAGAAGGGUUCACUGGAUUAUCCCGAUGCACCUCCACCUACACCACUGAGGCCACAGCUGAGUAGCAGUCAAAGGAGUUUCACUAGAAAGCUCAAGGGAGGUUUGGCAAAAGAAUUCCUUCCUUCACCACCUCCACCAACCCCAAAGGAAAACGUCAAUUUUUGUUUGUCUGAAGAGGAUCGAGAAACUGAGGAAAAGACAGAAUUUAUGAGAAAGUUAAUCCGAUCCUUGUCUCAAGAGUUCAAUGGAAAAGACACCACUGGAAUUUCUGAGGAACCUGAAGAGGAGAAUUUGGAACUGAUGUCUCUGGCUCCAAAAAAUGAACCAACACAGAAUUCUCGCAGUGAUGGAGAAACUGUCCAAGACUAUUUUAGUCAUUUGAUGUCAGGUAUUGUUUUUUCUUCUGCACAAGUAAUUUGCAGCAUUAUGGGUGAAAGUAUUGAUCUUAAAGCACCCAAACAUCAGCACUGUGAUAGUGUUACAUGUAGUGAUGAAUAUCAACCAAAUAUCCAGACAUCAGAGGAACCAAACCCACUUUUUCCUGUUCCAGUUAUUCCAGAAACAGAAAAGAAUCCAAAUGAACACAUUGAGAAUAAACACGGAGACAAUUUUCCAGAAAGCAUGGAAAGCCUGUUAGGGGACUAUGCUGAUAUGUUAGCACAGAAAAUUAUCAAUGUGGUUAUUAACUUUCUGAAUCAAAUUGACCUACAUGACCAUGGAGAACAAAACAUGAAUGGAAAAAGUGAAAUGUCAUUUGAAGAUGGAAAGCAAGAUUGUCGGCAUUCAGAUUACAUUAAGCAGAUAAAUUCCAUGUCAGAGGAGUGGGUAAAAGGGAUAAUACAAUCUGCCCUACAAGUAUUUAUUACUCAAUAUCGAUUGCAAAAGGACAGCUAUACCAACCCUGAGACUGUGCAUUCAUCAGAACAAUUGCAGAAUACAGAUUCAGCCAGAAGCGUUGACAUUAAGGACAGUACAGAAGAUCACCAUAUCAAAAUGUCAGUGGAAACAAUUAAUUCUGAAGCAAACAGUGAGGAUGAGGGUCUACACAGUCACCUUGCUUUUACUGAAGAGCAAAAUCCAGUUACUGAAGGUUUAGGAUGUGGAAUUGGUAUUGGAAUCAGACCAAGCCCUGGUGAAGGAACAAAUGACGACAAUAACAAUUACAAUCCAUACCCAUAUAAGCAGACACAGACAGAUGUGACAACUGAAGAGCUCACUGGAAAGAACCAAAAUUGCUUUGCUCAAGCAGAAACAAAAAUGAACUUAUUUGAACAAAAGGAGAAUGAUUUUUUAACCCUUCAUUCAGAGGCAAUUGUUGAAGAUAAAGAAACCUCUUCCAUCUUAGAAUUAUCCAAGGUCAUAUUGAAGGAUCCAGACUGCAAACUGGUACAUAAAAAAUAUGCUGAAAACCUAGCAGCAACUAUACUUGAGUCCUCCUUGGACGAUGCAUAUAGAUGUUCUGGUACUGGAACAGUUAGAGAUGAGAUGCCAAUGUGUUCUCCAAACGCUGAACAGUAUAGGAAAUGUAUUUCGAACAGUCCAGGUGAACAAAGUCCAGAACUCCAACAGAAAAUAAGGACAAAAGAAUUAUUGAAGGAAAGAGAACCAGGUGUUCCCAUUGUUGAAAACACUAAAUCACAAAGAUUAAAUGUAGUUGAAUAUACAGAUGUAACAUCGUCAAAACAAGCACAGGAGAAUCUGAGUCAGUCCACUGUUAUGGCACAGUGCCAUGCUGAAGAACAGGAAGGUUGUGAGGAAAUGGGGAAUGCUACUCCAAUUGCUCCAAGGGGAAUUGAAAUCUCGUUGGUGAACUUUAAGUCUAAGUCUGCUGCUGUUGAUGCACAGGUACAAGCAAUGCUGCAGUGGGCAGCAGCAACUCAGCUUAACAUCACUAAGAUUCAUAUAAGGACUUCAAGUGAUGACUUCGUACAGUUCCCGACUCUUUUGGCGCUAGCUAAAGCUGAAGAAUGGGCGGUUGGAAGGCUUCUUCAUGCAGUGCUAGCAUUUUAUGAAAGAAAUCAGACAGCAGUCAGCUCAACACUCUUUGACUAUCUUCUGGAACACUUGGAUAGCCUUCAGACUCCCAGUAAGCAGCACAUGACGUCAAGCUAAGGUCUUGGCUUUUACCCACGAUGUUGUUAGAGAAACAACUUUCAUCUUUCAUCGUCUUAUGAUCAAGUUAAAAUCCCAAGACAGAGAUGUAUGGAAUGAACUGAGUUUGGAAGAAGUAAAGAAUGAAUUCCAUUUUGAAAGUUUGAUCUGACCUCACAAUUCUCAGACUAGUUUUGUAUCAUACUAAAAAAUCAAGUGCUGCAUUUUUAAAGUGGUUAAAAUCGAAUGGUUAAAAUCAUAGUCUUAGGGUAGACUUCUUUUACCUUGCUUAUGUGUGAUCUGUUCCCAGGCUGCUCCUCCCACAUCUCUCAAACUGGAUGUCGAUGGAUGGCUGCCAAUCAUCAAUGAAGAGGUGCAACUUUAUGACUGGAUUGUCACUGUACAUGCAUCAAAGUGGACGGUGAAUGUUAUAACACUCUGCAAGCCCCUUUUAAGAAUGGUACAGCAGCAAUGAUGCUGACAGUCUGAGUUGCAUGGCAGUUACCUGGUAAUGAGUAUUCAGUGUGAGUCUCCACUGCAGAACUCAAACUUUUGGUGGAAGCUGUUGGUGCUGCUGUGGAAGCAGAGACACUGCAACAUCAUUGGAUCCACUUUAGUGACAACCACCAUUUCAUUGGUGGGAAGGAUAGGAUCAAAGCUCUGCGCAACACCCUGUUUCAAGCUGAUGCUGAUCUCAAUGUUCCUUAAUGUUCCUGACAGCCUGAAAUGCCAGGUCAUUUUUUGAACGCUUAAGAGUCACAAAUGGACUAAGGGUCAGCCAGCUGCAACUUGCGCAUCCCUGUGGAAAAUUUUAGGUGGACCAAAUUAGGCAGGAGGCUUAUGGAAAAGCCAUCAGGAAUUUCCAGCCCCAUAUCCCCAGCUAUAAACUGCUCAUGGGCAAUGUGAAAAUCUGCCCUUGGAGACGCUGUCUGAAAGCUGUCCCUUAAAUAAUGUGCACAGUCAGUAAUUGAACUUGUGGUUCUGAGUGUGAAAUGAAAUGAUAGUGUGUCCUGUUGUCUCUGGAUGUGUCCUGGAAGAGAAGAAGAAGUAUGCCAGUCUGUAUGUUGCUGCAUGGUUCAAGAAUUAGUAGAAUGUACAGACUGUGGCCUUGAAUGUGAAGCUUGUUGUACUGUGAGUGUCCAGUGAAGCAUCCUGAAUGUCUGUGAUCCAUUUGAAUUAUUAGGUGAAUGGUGUGGUGAAUUGAGGUUAGUUCAAUAAUGAUAGAUGUGAUAGAGCAUUUGAAGAUAUAUUCACAGACCUUGCGCAUUUGUUUGAAAUCAUUAAACUUUUUCCUGCACUACAUCCAUGUUUUGGCUGCUCCUUGAUCUCUGAACCCAUCUCUUAUGAGGUCAUUGAGCUUAUUGCAGCACUUCCUCCAAGCAUUGAGGUCAGGAGCUGCCUUCUCUGACUGUCAUUUGAGCGUGUGCCUGGAAGGUUUCUUGGUGCCCUGUGGAUACAGGACACCUUUCCUAAUUUUCAUUUUGAGCAUAGUUCAUGUGUUGUGUCAUUCUUCUAUGUAUGCCUGUUCAGAUUCAAUUCUUGCGUGACUGCCAGUGGUAUUUGCUUUGGCCCCUAAGCAUCUCAUUUUCAUUAAGAACUGUAGGCUACAUUUAAGCAAUAAGCCUAGCUUUAAGAAGCAUUGGAUGUUAGAAAGUUAGACUGCUACUAAUAUUGGAAGAAUUAGAAUCUCUACUGUGUGGAAACAGGCCCUUCAGUCCAACAGGUCCACACUGACUCUCUGAGGAGAACCCCACCGAAACCUAUUCCCCUACAUAGCCUCAUGCAUCUAACCUACACAUCCCUGAACAAUAUUGGCAAUUUAGCAUGGCCAAUUCACCUAACCUGCACAUCUUUAGAUUGUAGAGGAAAGUGGAGCAGCCAGAGAAAACCCACAUGGACAUGGGGAGAAUGUGCAAACUCUACGCAGACAGUUGCCCAAGGCUGGAAUCAAACCCAGGUAUCUGGCAUUGUGAGGCAGCAGUGCUAACCACUGAGCCACUGUUCUGCCCAUAAAUAUAUACAGUGAAUGAACAGUUAGUAAAUAGAAUUCAAUCCUGAGAGUGUGUGGUGAUGCAUUUUGAAAGGACUAACGAGGCAAUGGAGUGGUGUUGAAUGGUAGGACCCUAGGAAGUACAGCAGUAGAGAGUGCAAGAUCGUAGUUCCUUGAAAAUAACAAGCUUGGUGGUUAAAAAGGCAGUUGGGAUACUUUCAGCUUGUGAAUAUGUUUCUUCGUGCUUAUUUCAUCUCAAGCUGGAGAUUGUCUAAAUGGACACAGGUCAAGGACGAAAGUGAGGGAAGGGGGAUACACUGACAAGCUGAGAACAAUUUCAGGCUGGACACAGCGUGCGAACAAUGUCAGGUUGGGACAGUGUUAAGGUAUAGAUUUUGUCAGUCCAGGGAUGGGCUUUCUCAGUUACGUUUUAGAGUAUUUAGGAGUCAAUGAGGAGACAGGAUUGUGCAGAGGUAAGAGAGAAUUUUGCAUAUUUUGUGUUUAUGUUUAUUUGUUAUUUAUAUUUCUGCUUCCCAGCAUUUACUUCACUUAGUUUAACGUAUAACUUUCUGUUGGUGUGGUAAAGGAGUGAGAAGUUUAAUCUACUCCAGUGUGUGUUCUUCUGUUUGAAAAAAUGUACUUUGUCUCAAAUUUACAUGCUGUUCUAUUUUGAUGCAAGUUAGAAUAUUUGGGAAGGAA